AGUCGGGACCACAGUUCUACUGGACGUUUUGGUAGUUCCUUCGUUUCUUGACAGUGUGAACCCUUCAACUUGAAUUUGUGGUAUCUAUUAAAUAUGCCGUCUGUAGAUGGUGAAGAAAAUGGCGAGGAGGAGGUGGAAAGGAGCCCUAAUGAAGACGAGAACAUGAGUGAAGACGAAGAGGAAGAGAGCAGCCUGAGUUCCGACGAAUCGUCUUCCGAGUCCAGCAUCGACGAAACAGAAAACGAGAGAAGAAGAAAUGAAUGUCUUAAUGACAUGGCAGACCUGGAAAGACAAUUUAGCGACCUGAAAGAACAGUUGUAUCGAGAGCGCAUCAGCCAAGUUGAGAAGAAGUUGGAUGAAGUACAAUCUGAAUGUGCCAUGGAGUACACAGGCCCUGUUGGUGAAUUGAAGGAGAUGUGUGAGAUAAGAAUUGAAGUUGCAGGAAUUUUACGAAACUGUAGGUUAGGGAAUGUAAGAAACAAAUAUGAUGCUGAUGAACAGGCUGCCAAACAACAUUAUGAGAGUGAAAAGUUGGCCUUGAUGGAAAGCAUGAAGCAAGAGUUGGAAGAAAAAAUUAGAAAAUUAGAAGAAGAUAAACAAAAUAUGGAUAUAUCAGCUGAUAUCUGGCUUGAAUCUCAGUCACUUAAAAAGAGGCACAGGAAGUCAUCUGAUGGAUCCAUGCUCUCUGACAAAAGACGGAAGCCUGUCACUGUUACAGGUCCCUAUAUUGUGUAUAUGUUAAGAGAAAUGGAUAUUCUUGAAGACUGGGCAGCCAUCAGGAAGGCAAAAGGGGCAUUGGCAAGGAGAAGACAAGAAAGUGGUUGUCAAUCUGAGAAAAGUCCAUUCAGUGCAAGAUAUGAAGAUGGAAAGCUUUACUAUGAAGGAGUGUGGGUGAGAAAAGGAGAUGGAUCAAAAACAAAGUUGUACAUAGGACAAUUACAGAAAGGAAAAUACAGGAUAAAAAAGUCAUGAAAAAUAAUUGAUUAAGUGCUACAUUUUGAUUUACGUUGUAUAGAAUCUGUUAGAUUUCAGUCUAUUUUGAGGCAGUUUGUAUCAGGACUCCAUGAUACUUGUUGUAUGUGUAAUAUAGUUGGUGCAUAUCAUAUGACACUUUGACAUCAUGGCAUGUUGCUGUGACAACAGUGAUGUCUUGAGGAUGGCAAUUUUCAAAUCCAUCAAACUGUCAUGAGAAAUUCAGCAUGUUAACUUGCUCAUGCACAACUGGAAGCAAUGAAAGUUGACCAAUGUAUCCUGACCCAUGGGAGGAGAAAGCACAAAACCUAAGGCCCAAAAAAGAGAGCUGCAGAGAGUGAGAAGAGAAAACUGAUGUAUAAGAAUUAAGAUAAACAGGAUGAAAGAUAUCAAGGUCAGGAAAGGUUGGCCAGAGAGGGAAGUCUUUUAGUAAUAAGCAAUAAGUGAAUCACAUAGAAAACUGUCAGCUACACAAUGUAAAUAAGCUCCCAUACUCAAACAUUCAGACUCUCAGAUGUGUGUGAGAAACAAGAUUUCUGUGUUGGUUGUCCCUUGGCCAGAGAAACACAUUAAAAUUUGUUUUCUAGAUGUACUAUUA